UCUAUCUAACGUCGUAUUAAUAAUAGUAAUAAUAUUUCGUGAGUCGAUGCAAAUUUAUUCAAUUGCAAAAUCCAUUCAUUUUCGCAACACCGGAUUCGGUUCUCCGACAGACAUCGGGUAUUCGGGUGCUCUGUUCGAGUAAGUGUGAUCGCCGGACUUAAUCCAGUUUGACAUUGCUCGGCCGUCUGAGUAUAACAAUUACUUAGAGUGCGUGUGUCGCGGUGUAUGGCUCGUAAAAAUAAAGAAAAUAAAAACAUGGCUCUAUCAGCCGUGUUACGCGAUGAAGGCGAUAGCAGUGAAGACGACUAUCGACGCAAACGAGACAAGAACAAUCAGGCAGUUAAAAGAAGUCGAGUUAAAAGUAGAAUGCGCACACAACAGACAUUGCAACGUGUGAACCAAUUAAAAACUGAGAAUGAUAUGCUUGAAGAAAAAAUUAAACUUUUAAGUAAAGAACUAGGAUUUUUAAAAGAACUAUUCAUGGCACAAGCUGGAACAUCACAAAUUGAACUUCCCAAAUCUGUUGACCUUAAAACAUUAUUGAGCGAUACUACUUCAGACAUAUUGGAUAAUGAUUUAUCAAAACCUCCAUCAUCAUCAUAAGUAUAAUAUAAUAUUUUAUUUUAUGGGCACAGCAUAUUUUAUAAGUAAAAAUAAUGUUAUGAGUCAUAUUGAUUUAAUAAUUUUUAAAAUAUUUUUGUCCCAUACUCAAGAAAAUAUUUAUUUGUUAAUAUUGAUUAGGUUAUGGAUUUUAAAUAGCUUAAAUUGUUUUUUGUAACAAUUUCAUUAAUGUUUGUCCACUUGUGUAUAUGUUGUGCAAUAUUUAUAUUUAUUUUUUCAAACAACUGUACAAUUUGAAGAAAAAAAAUAUUGAAUGAACAUUUAAUAUGUGUAAC